AUGGCCGCGACCGACGGCCAGAUCGUCGUCGCGGCGGCACGCUGGGCCGAAGAGGCGACGUAUCUGCGCGAGUUCGUCUCCAAGUACCGUCUGCCGGCCGUGAUCAAGAUCACCAAGGGCCAGUACGGCGGUUUGGGCGUGCCGACGCUACCGGCGCCAAGUCUGCAGAGCACGGCGUUGCUGAUAUCGGCCGGUCGUCGGCGUAAGAUCGUGGCGCAGGCGGUGAAAAUCAAAGAGGGCCGCCGUGUGGUGGGCGUAGGUCCGCGACUGGCGAUACCGGACUCGUACGCGGGCUACUUCGAGAUUCUGAGCGAGGAGGGUCGCGCGGUGCGCGGCAUCGAGUCGGUCAACGAACUGUCGCGACGUUGCCCAGAAGAGGGUGCUCUGGUGCGCGAGACGUUACGCGGCAUCGCUUGCCGAGUAGACGACGAGUCGGGGAUCGUGGUACCGGAGGGCACGAGAACCCUCGCGGCCGGUGAGACAAUCGUCACCGCCGGUGAGGUCGCGUUGCCCGGUCGCGGUCGGUUUCUGCGCUGCGUGGAUUGUCGCGGCGACAGCGUGCUGCUCGGAAUAGAUCAGCGCGGUCGCUUCAGCGCGUUGGCGCGCGAGGACAACAUCAGCGGCGUGCACACCGCCCGGGCGCUUCUCAGCAAACGCCUGCCGCUCACCGUGAGACUGGUGCACGGCCAGCCGCCGCGGGGGCUCAAGUCGUCGUCGCAGUUCGUGCCGGAAUUGAGGCUGCUGUCGACUUUCGAAGAGGAGCACGUGUUCGCGCUGCCGUUACAGAGAGAAGGCGCAGCGGUCGCGCUGCCGCUCGCGGCGCCGCUCAAGCUGGUGAAGGCGCGGAACGACGAGGCGCUCAGGUCAAUGCAGGAGUUCACGAGGUUGGUGGAACGCGCCUCCCGUCUGGUUGCCGAUGUGGCCGAUCGAGCGCACGUGCUGGACGGUCGUCUGGGCGAGAGCAAAUCGUCCCGACAGACGAGGAGCGCGUCGGGCUUCCUCAGAAGACCGUCGACCAACUCGGAUCACGCGCCGCUGAGCCAUCACAGAAACAGCAGCGCCAGCCAUCAUCAUCACCAUCAUCACUAUCACAGCAGUAACGGCCAUCAGUCUUCCGGUCAUUCGGGCUACCGGGAUGAGAAUCGGGUACCGCCGUCCUCGUCGUCAGCCUGCACAGAGGAGUACGACGAGAUCGAUCAGAUAUACGAUUACGUGCGCGGCUUCGCGCCGUUGCCGAAGAGCGUCAGAUCGCCAUACGAGAGUCCUCUCGCCACAAGUCAGGGCGGCUCGACGCCACCGUUGACGCCGGUUACCGUGACGAUCGCGCCGCUGCUUGACGACCGACCGGAACCGCCGCCGAUCGAGACGAUACCGACGAAGAAGAUCCAGGCAGAAAAGCGAACCAGACGCGCGGUCAAGGAAGCGCCUCAGCCGCGGGUGGAGAAGCCGCCGCUGGCGAAGCUCUACGUGAAGAACAGCGGCACUCAGCGCGGACGUCCGCUAAUGAGGCAGAAGAGCGCGUCACCGUUGAAGGAAACGCCGCCGGGUUACAAGGGCGGCUCGCCGCUUUUCAACAUACGCUACAAGAGCCUGACGAAUCUCCAGCAGGCCAUGGAGCUCGACGGCACGUUGGACUCCAGUCACUCGGGCGGAAGAACGUCGGGAGAUUCCGGAGCAGGCGCGAAGCUACCGGAAAAGAGAUCGAGACGUCUGAGCAGGCCGCGAUCGCUGACGAAUUUAGUCUGGGAGCUACGAGGUGGAAGCGGCCUCGGCUGCACGAGACCGGAAACUCCGCCGCCCGCCACAACUGCACCGUUGCCACCGACUAAAUGUGGGCCACGUCUGGCUGUCACCGUCGUGGCACCGCGACGUGUCGGCACGCUCUACCUCUAACUCAUUCGACCGACGAAGGGCUGAAGAAGGCAAGAGAGCGGUUUCGGAUGAGAAGCUGUGGAUCUCCGACGUCGUUUGACUAAUCAAAAGAAUUUCGCAACAGGCUCAAGGGAGCUCAAUAAAGAGGGACAUCAUCGAUGAAGGAUGCGCGAGAAUGUUUUUACACGCUAGCAAACUCUCCGCUAUUCUUUUCCAAGCGCUAAUUAAAUCGCAGUCGCGAAAGCCAUUCAAACUCGUCGUCCGAUAUGUACACACACGUACACACACAUAAAGGUACACACGUACAGGGAUAAAAUACACGUACACGACAUAGGAUCCAAAAAAAAGCCUGAUCAACGCUGCGUACUUCCUGUGAUCGUCGAUUAACGAUAAGCGGAAAUAAUCAAAAAUAGCGACGCAGCGGAAGAGGAAUACGUUUUGUGCGAACAAAGACGCGCGAAUUACUGUAACGCGAUGUGCUCUGAUAGAGAAAAGCGGAGUUCUCUGUUCUAGGAAAAGCAGCAGAUAUCGAUAGACGAAGAGAAAAAACAGGAUCCGAAAAAGAACGAGGUUUAAUCUAUUGCAGUGUAUUAAAAAAAAAAAAAGUAGUCACUUAAAUACAAUUGCUUGAAAAAUUCAGUCGAAACUCAGCACGGUUACAUUUACAACAAAUUAUAUAUAUAUAUAUAUAAUUUACACGAUUUUCAAUGUCAUCCGCUUCGUCUCGUUAUAAAUUUUAAAGAGAAAAGUACAUUUUCGCUACUUGACACUAAUUAGUAAACAAAAAGUUAUUACAUAUAUAAUAUAUAUCGCACAAAUACAUUUUACGGUAAACAAUAUAAACAAAUUUAAUAUUUGUAGUACUAUCGAUAUUUUCUGAGCUUUAAUAAAUGACACACACAAAGAAAUUAAAAAAAAAAGCUACUAAUUAUUUUCUCUAUCAGUUGCGGAUAAGAGUCGGAAGAAGGUCGGAAUUUCGCAAUGCCGUAAUCGCGCAUUUAAAAAAAAAAAAAAAAAAAAAA